CUUUUUCGGUCUUCCCGGAAGCAAGGGCCCGCACCCGCCGCGUUCCGCUGCCCUCUCUCCUCCGGCUCCCCUGGCCUGGUUCUCUGAGUGAGGGCGGGGAUGGAGGAGAAGGUGGACUCCGCCGCCGCCCCGGACGGCUCGCGCGUGGUGUCGGCACAGGAGAUCGAAAAGUGGAUGGAGGAGGCCAUGCGAAUGGCCAAAGAAGCCCUUGAAAACACUGAAGUUCCUGUUGGCUGCCUUAUGGUCUACAACAAUGAAGUUGUGGGGAAGGGAAGAAAUGAGGCUACUCGGCAUGCCGAAAUGGUGGCCAUUGAUCAGGUCCUAGACUGGUGCCAUCAACACAGCCACAGUCCUGCCGAAGUGUUUGAACACACCGUGCUGUACGUCACCGUGGAGCCGUGUAUCAUGUGUGCCGCUGCCCUCCGCCUCAUGAAAAUCCCACUGGUCGUCUAUGGCUGCCAGAAUGAACGGUUUGGUGGUUGUGGUUCCGUCCUAAACAUUGCCUCUGCUGACCUACCCAAUACCGGGAGACCAUUUCAGUGCAUCCCCGGAUAUCGUGCUGAAGAAGCCGUGGAGCUCCUAAAGACCUUCUACAAACAAGAAAACCCAAAUGCACCCAAAUCCAAAGUACGGAAAAAGGACUGUCAAAAAUCCUGAUGUUCUGAUGAAAGACCGGUGCCCUUUGGAGACCUGGACAGAACUCCCGACUGAGAGCCGUUGGCAUUGCUGGUCAUGUUUAUAUGUCGUUGUUACUGUGUGGGAAAAUGGUGUCUUUUGUCAUGUCAUUUGCUCUGUUAAGGGACCAAGUGAGCCCUUUCUAAAGCCUGACAGAUGUAAACAGCGUUUAGCUCUUCCCAAGCUGAGAGUGUUUCGGCAAUGGGAAGAAUUAAGGUUUGAGGUCACAGAGAUCAGCAAGCUAGUGCCCGACCUUCAGCCACAGCUUUAGCCCCAAUGUCUUAGGGAACAUCUUUGUGGCCUGGGGAGAUGGCUAAGUGAUAAAGUGCUUGCUAUUACAAGCAAGAGGCCUCCAUCCCCAGCACCCAUCAAUGCCACCUGGGCUGGGGGGCCUGCCUGUAAUUCCAGCGCUUAGAAGGCCGAGUUGGGCUUCCGAGAUCCCAAAGCAGGCUAACUAGUUAGGUUAGCCCUCAUUGGUGGGGUCUGUGUUCAAGGGAAAGAUACUGCCUCCAAGAGUAAAGUGAAGAGUGAUCUAGGGGGACCCCCAGGGUUCAACCUUAGACCUCACACAUGCAUCCCCCCCCCCAGACACGAGUGCACACACAAGAUACAAAUACAUACAUCACACAUUAACACCACACAUGUGUACACAUGCAAGCAAAAAAAAAAAAGAAAGAAAGACAAGUCUUUGGAAGAUUGAUUAAGACCCCAACAGGAAGUAGAAGAAGGAAAGAAAGCCUUGGGCUUCUACUGAGUGCGUUCAGACCCAGUCCCGCACAGGACUCCGCCUGGGCUCGUGCUAAUUUGUAAUAUGACUUUAUGUCUAUGACGGUGCAUGUUGGGGACUCAUGUGUGGUGUGGAGGCAAAGGACAAUCUCAGGUCCCUCUCCUAGAUAUAGUCCCCUCCUCUUCCUGAUGUUUGUGUUUGUUUAUUUUUAAGGCUAAGUUUCUUAUUGGCCUGAAAUUUACCGUUCAGCUAGGCAGGCUGGCCAGGAAUGCCCCGGGGUUCCACCAGUGUCCUCUAGUGCAGGAAUUACAGGCGGGCACCACCCACCACGCUCUCUCUCCCUCCCUCCCUUCUUUCUUUUAAACGUGAGUUUUAGAGAUUGAACUCAGGUCCUUUUGCCACUAUAUACUGUCAGAUAUCUCUCCAACCCGAAAACAUUCUUUUUUAAAGUACUCAGAGAAAAUGGAUGCUUUUUAAAGUAAGUGCUUAAGGGUCAUUUUUAAAUCAUAGCAUAUUGGUACAAUAAAAUUUUAUUUAUGCCUUCUUUGAAGAGGAGUCGUCUUAAAUAAUGGGUGCUAGAGAGAUGGCUCAGGGGCUAAGAAUAUAUACUGCUCAAUCAGAGGGUACAUGUUCAGUUCCCAGUACCUACAGUGGACAACUCACAACCUCCUGUAAUUCUAGUACCAGGGGUUCCAGUACCCUCUUCUGGACUCCAUGGGCACCUACACUUCCCUGUGCACACAUCUCCACAAUACACACACACACACACACACACACACACACACACACACACACACACACACACAAUUAAAACAUUUUUAAAAGAUAAAAUUGAAAGUGAAGUCGUUCCUUAUAAUAGAGCAACUAUUCUGUUAACGUCCAUAACUUCCCUGGAACAGAAUGAAGACGUUAUGCUCUCAAAACAAAGACCUUGUAUUCUCACGAGAGAUCAUUGAAAACUUAUAUGGCUUGCUGGAGAAUGAUAGGUGCCGCGGGGCGUAAUGGUGCACACUGUAACUCCAGCACUGGGGAGGUCAGAGCAAGAGGACCAUGAAUUCAAGGCCAGCCUGAGCUGCGUAAGAAAACACCCCCCCAAAAUUACAGCCAGUCGAUCCUUGGACUAAGAAUGCAGGAAUGGCGGCUACGGGAUUGAAUAAAACGAUCCACUCAAUCAAACACAGCUGAUAAAAUUUAAAUUCAGUAGCUAAAAAUUUGACCUCACAACAACAUCUCCCCGAAGGGGCACGGAUGCCAGCCAGAUAGGGCUUUUCUGAGCCUCCCUGGGCGCAGUGCGCGUCUCUGCCCAACAGGGGGCGUCGCCGUUCCACCGCAGGGCCAGCGCCAGCGCCAGCGCCAGCGCCGCCACAGUGGAGUUUCUUAGGCGCAUUCAAGUCCUUGAUGCAAAGCGGCUGUGUUUGUGGACUCUGCCAUUUGAGCGCUGUCUCCGACUUGUUUGUUUUGAAUUACAUUACCGGCUGGAAUGUGAUUGUGGCGGUAGUAUUUUUAUAUUGCCGGGGGGGAGCCGCUAAUCACAGUUACAUGCUUCAGAGGAUUUAUAAUUGCGUGGUUUUGUGCGUGUGUGUUUUUAACGGCAUUUCAGAAGUUUUAUGGGCGAAGAAUACGCACGAUUUUAAAUUUACAAUAAUGGUCUGUGCACCUUCUCUUCGGUUUUUUAUCUACUUUAAAAAUUGUCUUCUCAUUAAAUUUUAGUGCCUUGA